GAGAAGUCUCCCACCGCUGCCGCCAUGCCCAAGAAUAAAGGGAAAGGAGGUGAAAAUAGACGCAGAGGUAAGAAUGAGAAUAAAUCUGAAAAAAGAGAGCUGGUGUUCAAAGAAGAUGGGCAAGAGUAUGCUCAAGUAAUCAAAAUGUUGGGAAAUGGACGAUUAGAAGCGUUGUGUUUUGAUGGUGUAAAGAUGUUAUGUCACAUCAGAGGGAAAUUGAGAAAAAAGGUUUGGGUAAAUACCUCAGACAUUAUAUUGGUUGGUCUACGAGACUACCAGGAUAAUAAAGCUGAUGUAAUUUUAAAAUACAAUGCGGAUGAGGCUAGAAGUCUGAAGGCAUAUGGCGAACUUCCAGAACAUGCUAACGUCAAUGAAACUGAUACAUUUGGCCCUGGAGAUGAUGAUGAAAUCCAAUUUGAUGACAUUGGAGAUGAAGAUGAAGACAUUGAUGACAUCUAAAUUGAACUCAACCAAAUUUUACAUUCCAGUUUCUCUGAGGAUAUUUGAACAAUUUGGAUUUUGGCUGCAGCCUAUUAAAGAAGAUUAAAGUUUCAUUAGCA